AUGGAUCUCUGCCGUCAGGAAUAUUAUGGUAACGAUUUUGCCGGCGCAACCUUCGUAGUUCGAAUAGGCGAUUGUGGAAUGCGACGUAUUCGACAGCUUCAACCGCACGGCAUGAACUACGUGUUGACUUUCGUGACGAAUUUCCAUCCACAUUUCAUGACAAAGGUCGAUCGAGCAUAUAAUGUUCGUUGUUUCUACGCCUACAUCGACAAGACUGUGAAUACAGACAUGGAAGUGAGUAAUCUUCCAUCCGAAUCGCUCGAGCAGCAAGCGAUGCUGAUGCCGGAAUGCGAGUAUUCGAUUCGAGAAGGAGCGCCAGAUGGUCCACGAAUUCGAACGUCUAUAAUCGGAGCGAAUCUCGUCCACCGAUGGGAUUGUCGCACAAAC